GCCACUGAAGCUUUCUCUUUGAAGACAAGACAGCAGCUCAACUCAGCUCAUCCCUAACCACAGCAUCACAGAAGAAGAAAUGGCCCAGAUGAGAGCCCCUGUGAUUGUACUGCUGGUGCUACUGGCUUUGGGGCUCUUUGCUACGGAAACUUCUGCAGCUAAACGACCACGUCGUAGGAGAGGAUGCUGUGAGAGUUAUACUCUUCGUAAAACACCUUUCACAGUUAUCGAAGGCUAUACACUACAGACCAUAUUAGAAACCUGCCGUAUCUUUGCCAUCAGGUUCCACACCGAAAAGGGUAAGGAUGUGUGUGCAGACCCUGACAAGAACUGGGUGAAAGAGCACGUCAGCCGACUGGGGACCAAAGCGGCUCACAUCAAGACCUCACAGGCCAAAUCCAACAAUGUCAUCACAACUAUCAGAGGGGGACUCAGGAUAUAAAGGAACAGUACGCAGUCAAAAACUGAACACAACACCCACUGUUAAUCUUUCCUCUCAGCACCAAGAAUAAAAUCAAUGACAAGGGU